CCCUGCCCCAACAAGACUGUGAGAAGACCCCGUCGCUGUCCUGAUAAAAAGCCGAUCCAGACUGCGGUUGGAUCACUUGAUAUUUCUGUCUCUGUCCAAGUCUCCGCUGGCUGAUGAGAGUGCCUCCGGAUUAUCCGUUCUCCCAGGGCUCCAAAUUGAUCAACCAAGGAGAAUCUGAUUUCAGGGUCCUUCGGAGACAUGGAAGAAGGAGAAGACGCCCCAGCAGAGGAGAAGAGCCCGUCGGAGCGGGAGGCCGGUGCCUCGGACCAUGAGAGCUCUGCGGAUUGCGAGGCCUCGAGCCCUCCGUGCAGCGAAGAGGCAGAGUCGAAAGAAGCCCUCGAAAGCCCCCAGGUGUCGGAGCAGCCGGAGCCCGGAGAAACUCCACAGGAGACGAACCCAUGGGAUGGACCAGAUGAGCUGGAGCUGGUCGAGCCGGAGGGGGAGAGCCGCAUCCAUGCCCGGCAGAGCCUACCUGCGGGGCUGUGCUGGGGGCCGUACCACGGGAACAUCCAUGGCGAGCCGGCGUCUCCGGAGCAGAACGAGACAAACCCACCGGUGACCCUGAUCCUGGGAGAUGAGCACUGCUGGCUGUCCCGCCUGCCCCUGGUGUCCACCGAGGCCGAGGCCAACGCGGUGAUCUACAGGAAGGAUGAAGGCAUCUGGUGCAAGACCACGCAGGCCGUGCGGGAGGGCGAGCCGCUGAGCGCCAUCGUGAUGACCGAACCGCAGGCCAUCCCCAACCACACUGUGAAGCCCGAGCCCGGCGAUGUCCCGUACCCGGCCACGCUGCACUCCGACAUCCAACUCCUGCCCCAGCAGGCUGGCAUGGCUGCCAUCCUGGCCACGGCCGUCGUGAACAAGGACGUCUUCCCCUGCAAGGACUGCGGGAUCUGGUACCGCAGCGAGCGCAACCUGCAAGCCCACCUCAUGUACUACUGCGCCAGCCGGCAGAGCUCCGCCUCGCCCGCCACCGACGAGAAGCCCAAGGAGACCUACCCCAACGAGCGCGUCUGCCCCUUCCCCCAGUGCAAGAAGAGCUGCCCCAGCGCCAGCUCCCUGGAGAUCCACAUGCGCAGCCACAGCGGAGAGAGGCCGUUUGUGUGCCUGAUCUGCCUGUCUGCCUUCACCACCAAGGCCAACUGCGAGCGGCACCUCAAGGUGCACACAGACACGCUGAAUGGCGUGUGCCACAGCUGCGGCUUCAUCUCCACCACGCGAGACAUCCUCUACAGCCACCUCGUCACCAACCACAUGAUCUGCCAGCCGGGCUCCAAGGGCGAGGUGUAUUCCCCUGGGCCGGGGCUCCCUGCCGCCAAGCCCCUCGCACCUGGUCUGAGCCAGCCGGGCACCACCCCAACUCUGAAGUGCAGCCUAUGUGGGUUUGUGGCAGACGGCCUGGUUGGGCUGCAGCAGCACGUGGCGCGGCACGGCCCGCUGCCCGCCGGUCUGGGGGGCGCCGAGCCCAGAGCCGCCCAGCCCCUGCCGUGCCCGGAUUCCCCAGCCCACGCCCCGGCCGACGAGAUGCCCAACGGCGAGGCCAGGACUCCCCAUGGGGAGGGCACCUCUUCCUCCUCCUCCUGCUCCUCGACUUCGAGCGAAGCUGUGCCCCCCAUCAGGGUCAAGGAGGAGCCACCGGACAGCCCCGCGGGCGAGACCGAGGGCGCCAAGGGGGAUGCCAGCCCGGGGAUGGAUCCAGAUACCUCGUCCCGGGCAUCUUCCCCACGCAGCCUGCCCUCGACCAAGGUGAAGUCGGAGCUGGCCAGCCCCACUCCCGGGUCCAGCCCGGUGCCCAGCGACCCGGCAGCGGGUGGCACGGUCUUCCUGCCCCAGUACGUCUUUGGCCACGAGGCAGCCGUGGUGCCGCAGGCCUCGGAGAUCCUGGCCAAGAUGUCGGAGCUGGUGCACAGCCGGCUGAAGCAGGGGCAGGGUGCGGCAGGACCGGCCGGCCUCUUCCCCGGCGCGCCGGUGCCCAAAGGCGCCACCUGCUUCGAGUGCGAGAUCACCUUCAACAACAUCAACAACUACUACGUGCACAAGCGCCUCUACUGCUCCAGCCGCCACCUGUCCGAGGACAGCCCCCCCGGUGCCCGCAAGCCCAAGGCCCCACCGCCGCCUGCCCCCAAGGGCCCUGCCCUGCUCUCGCCCCCGCCACCCGACAGCCUGCCCCUGCCCGCACCCGAGGGAGAGGCCGAGCGGGGCGUCACACCACCCGUGCCCGCCCCAGAGGCCAAGGUGGAGGAAGGGAGCGGUGGCAGUGCCAAAGCCGGGGGCUCGCCCGAGGCGGACGGGGCCGGGCGGGCGAGCGAGGGCAGCCCGAGCCCCAGCAGCUCAGUGGACGAGGCGGAGGAGGACCCCAGCCGGACGCUGUGCGAGGCGUGCAACAUCCGCUUCAGCCGCCACGAGACCUACGUGGUGCACAAGCGCUUCUACUGCGCCUCGCGCCACGACCCCCCGCUGCGCCGGCCCAGCACUGCCAAGGGGCCCUUCCUGCCCCAGCCCGUCCGCACCCGCAAGCGCCGCAAGCUCUACGAGAUCCACGGUGCCCCCAGCCCUGCCCACAGCCUGCCCGAGCUGCCCCCCGCCGAGCCCCCGGCCGGGGCCGCACUGCCGCCCGCUCUCCUUGCUGCCAAGGCACCGUCGCCCAGCUCCAGCCCAGACGCCGAGGGCCCCAUCGACCUGAGCAAGAAGCCACGGCGGCAGGGCGAGAUGCUGCCCGCCUCGCUGCUGCCCCUGGCCGACUACCACGAGUGCACGGCAUGCCGCAUCAGCUUCCACAGCCUGGACGGCUACCUGGCGCACAAGAAGUACUACUGCCCUGCCACGCCGCUGCAAGCCGGGGCCCUGGAGCAGCUGCAGAAGAUGAAGGGCGGGGCACCAGCCCUGCUCAAAGCCCGGAGCAGCCCUGACCUGCCGCCCGAGGAGCCCGAGGGCGUGCGCGUCAAGCUGGAGAAGGCUGCGCCGAGCCCCGGCGCCAAGCCCCUGGCCCUGCCGGCCGCCUACCCCGGCUUGGACUCGCUGCAACGCUACGCCAGUACCAAGGCCGUGCCCCUGCCCGGUGCCAAGGGGCCCCUGUCCGUCUGCCCCUACUGCCCGCUCAAUGGGGCCGUCAAGGGGGACCUCAUCGAGCACUUCCGCAGCGCCCACGGGCUCUUCGUGGCCCUGUCAGUGGCCGGCCAUGGGCCACCCGAGGCUGCACUGCAAGCAGGAGCCAGGACACUGGGGGGCUGCACCCCGGACGCUGGCUUGCCCCCGCCACUGCCCGCUGGCUCCCCGCCGCAGCCCCCUGCCCGGCUGCGCAAGGACAGCUUCAACGGCAAGGAGCCGGCGGCCUCCGCCAACGGCAGCCCGCUGCCCGCCGGCUCGCCCUCCGCCCCCCUGACCCUCUCGCCAGUGCCUGAAGCCCUGAGGGACGCCGGCCUGCAGCCCCCCACGCCGCCAGGGUACACGGACAAGAGCGUGCAGACGCCCCCCGCCAAGGCCCUGCCCGGCCCGGUGCCCAACGGCAACCACCGGUACUGCCGCCUCUGCAACAUCAAGUUCAGCAGCCUCUCCACCUUCAUCGCCCACAAGAAGUAUUACUGCUCCUCCCACGCCGCCGAGCACGUCAAGUAGAGCCACGGGGCUGCCCCGUUCCCCACCUGCCUGUUGGGAUGCCCUCAGCAUGGGCCCAGCCCCUCGCCCCUGUGCCCACUGCAGCCACGGGGUCUCCAAGGCCCCGUGGGCACACAGGACUCCCCCCAAGCCCUGCCCACCCCACCCCCCCAACAUAAAGGGGGGUUGCAGCUGGAGAGGGCGAUUGCACUACACGGGUGCAAGCCAAGCAGCUCAGAGGGACACGCAUACACGUGCACGUGUGGCUUGCACCAGGGGGUGUCCAUGGGGUUCCUGAAAUGUGUGCAUGUGUCCGUCUCUCCCCCCCUGAUCCCACCAAGCUGGUGCUGGGGGUGGGGGUUGUGUAGAGCCGCUACGGACUGGACUGAGAAACGUGAGAGCACUGAGGCCGCGCGCGCUGCCCGCCCGUGGGACCGCGUGUAUCAGCGUGUACAUAAAUAAAUGCGUCU